UUCAAUUCACAAUGAAAUCAAACCCGAAAACACAAAUCACUUUUGAUUUGAUCGAUUAAAUUACAGCUAGAGCUUUUAGCGAUGGCUUUUUAUAAGAAAAGUGAUUGUGGGUUAAUAUUAGGGUUUUGUAUUAUGGCAGUUCUUAUUGUGGGCAACGAGGCCCUCCAUGAAGGUUACAAAAGAUGCAGAAAUUAUUGUCAUGAGGAAUUGAAAGCAAGUCCUUACGAUUGCUCCAUCUUUUGUUUCUUUAAAUGUGCUCCUUCAAUGGGUGGCACUGGCUGCUUCCGUUCUAUGGGACAACAAGAGCAAGUUCUAGAAAUUCCACGGCAGUUUUUGGUGAAGGCUCCAGCACCGGAACCAACAUCACUUGAGCAACGGACUCCUAAAAUGAAUCCCAAAUCCGAUUCCAAUUUCAAUUCCGAUUCAGGUUCCAAUUCACUUCCAAGUCAAAGUGCAAUUUCAGUUCCGUCUUCCAUUGAGGAGAAGGCUUAAACUAACGUGUAACGCUUGGUACAUGAAUACAAGUUUUUGUCAAGAGAAGAAAGUGUUUGCAGAAUCAUAGAGAGGGGAAGGCGAUGAUUUGUUUUCAUUAUAUAUUUCAAUCAAAUAUUGUCUUAUCAUUGUUCCA